AUGCUAAACAAACUGCAGGAAGAGGCAGUUAAUCUGGCAAUAACAGGCCACAAUCUGUUCAUAAAUGGGCCAGCAGGUACAGGCAAAACCUAUACUAUUAAAGAAGUUUAUCAUCGACUAACUGCGUUGGGUAAAUCUGUUGCCAUUACCUGCACAACUGGCAUAGCAUGUACCAACUUUGAUAAUGCCUGCACCUUACACAGGUGGAGCGGCAUUAAUGAUGGGCGCUACAGUUCUAGUGAAAUUGUGAAUAUACUGUUGUCAAAUGAAGGCGCAUUGCAUCGCAUCAGAUCAACAGACGUGCUUAUAAUUGAUGAAGUAUCUAUGUUAAGCAAGAAACUGUUUGAGCAACUUGUAUCUAUAGUUACUCAGUUAAGAGAUGUUAUAUUCAGCCCAACACAGAACAGGGUGCUAGCCAAAAGGGAACAAGUUCCGUUGUUGUUGGCGUAUGCACUAACAGUUCAUAAAGCCCAAGGAAUGACUUUAGACAGGGUUGAAGUAAACUGCCAGCAGAUGUACAGACCAGGGCAACUUGGUGUUGCAAUGGGAAGAGUUCGAAGCAGUGAUGGAUUGCGUGUGAUUAAUUUUACACCAAAAGUGUGCAUUCCUCAACCAGAUGAAAUUAAGGGCUACUUGACAAUGCCAUAUGUAGAACCUGCUGAUGAUUUCAACUGUUGUACAAACAUAUCAGGGUGA